GAACUGGCAGUGAAAAUAUACAGGUGGUGUGGUAGUUAUGUGGGGUAAUUACUCAGCCUAACGUCUCCAAACAUGUCUGGAAACAAUGUGCGUAACUGGCAAAAAGCCGUGGUCUUCUUUAUAAGCUAUUUUGCUUGUACGGGUGCAAAUACAGAUUCUAAUGCCACAUUGGCCUUAAAAUACAUCGAAAGCGUGUCCAAGAACAAUUGCUCUACCGGAACCCAGGAAUCUCUUCCGGUCGAAUUCGACCAAAACGCAUGGAAGGACUACGCCUUGGUGGCCGUCAGAACAGCAAAUCUUCUGACAAAACUUAUACAUGCGGCAGAAGAAGGUAACAUAACUGAAUCAAACAUCAUACAUAAUGAUCAGUUUCUUUUUUCACUUGUUCAAACCAACGUGGAAGCUAAUGAUUUGAUUUUCGGUUCUGCAAUUGCUUGGGAACCUGAUACUUAUCCGGGAUACCAUACCUUCUGCCCGUACGCAUUUCGGAAAAAUGGGGCAGUGGAAGCGUUUGAUCUUUCGUUGAAUUAUAACUACCUGCUACCUUCAACAGAGUGGUACAUCAACAUCAAGAGCGUAGAUUGGUCUAAUAUGACCGUUGUUACUCACACAUCGAGUUUGCGAAAUAACCAUAGCCACGCCGCCAAUAAAUCAGUUGACCAUCCUCUGACCGAGUUGUCCAAUGGGCACUGGACCAUGCCGUACUUUGAUUGUGGCGGAGGGGACAUUUGGAUGGUGACAUUUUCUGCACCUUUCUUCCAUAAGAACGCAUCAAACGGACUAACAUUCUUGGGUGUUACCACCAUAGACAUAGAGCUGACUUACAUAGAUAUAAACCAAUGUGACAACGAGGAAGAGAAGAACCAUUCUUCGUGGUUUCGUAAUACACAUCGUUGCCACAAAACCACAGUGGUAUUUGUGGAAUACCCCAAGGCCACGAAUAUUUCAUGUAUCAUAAGGCCAUGGUUGCGAUACCUGGGAUUUGCGUUAACGUAUGGAGCUUUACUUUUAAAAACCUACAGGAUUGCAGCUAUAUUUGAAGUUUCCAAAUUUAAGAAGAUAAAACUUACCGAUAAAUUAUUGUUACCUCGACUAAUCCCAAUAGUAGCGGUCAGUCUUAUUUACCUGACUGCUUGGACGGUGGCCGAACAGAAUCGUCUUAUUCCGCUGACCACCUCCUCUGGGCUAAAAUUCAGUACAUGUUUAGCGGGUUGGUGGCAGCAUGGCGCAGAGUCAUGUAAGCUUGGUUUUCUGCUCUGGGGAGUAUACCUCUCAUUCGUGGUGAGAAAGGCGCCAAGUUAUUACAACGAGAGCAAACACAUAUCUUGGUCAAUUUACAAUACUGGGUUAUUAGGCCUUUCGCUUUAUAUAAUACAUCAGUUUAUAGCAAUGCAGGAGGGACCAGAUGUACAGUACCUUAUGUUGAUUCUUUACCUGCAAGUCUCAGUCACCAGCAUGAUGUGCCUCAUUUAUGUUCCAAAGUUCCACGUCAUUCUUUAUCCUCAGAACGCCAGUAAUUUAGCAUUACAAGAAGGGCCGGGGAGAGGAGUUUCUCAAAGACAACGAUCGUAUCACAACCGCAGUCUUUUCAAUAACAAAAUCUACCCCAGUACAUCAGAACCCGGCAACUUGACGGAAAUUGAUAACCGAACGAUUUCUCGCAAGAUGCAGGCAGACGCUUGCGUUCAGACAUCCCAGGCGUCAUCAACCGUUGUUUUCCAAAGUCACAUUUGAAUGGCCAUUGGGUGACCCUAGCAAUGACAUUUGGACGUGCAACGUGAUAUGCAUAAAUGUGUAUGUACAGGAGAAUGGUUACCAUUAUAAUCACUGCAGGGAAUAUCUUACUCUUCAUUUUUAAAUAUGAAAGUAAAUCAUAUUCAUUUUUGUCUAUGUUGGUGUUGGUUUGAGAUAUUCUCUGCCAUUCAACAAAACAGAAAAUCGGACUUUUUAGGCCAAGAAGAAAAAUGUGUGUCACCAUUUUAUGUUUCGCCGAAAGCUUUGACGAUUUUGAUAAAGUAGGCCUACUUUUGUGACAUAGACACUAGAGCAUGAACUAUGUACCGUUUCCAUAACAUUCUAAGCAU